GAGAGAGAGAGAAGAUGUUGUCCUUUAUCAGAGCCUUGGUGCUAGUGGCAUGCUUGCUUCCGGUGGUCGUUGAUGGGAGGACUCGACACUACAAGUUCAAUGUGGUGAUGAAAAAUGCGACCCGGCUCUGCUCCACCAAACCCAUCGUGACCGUGAAUGGCCGAUUCCCUGGUCCAACCCUGUACGCUAGAGAAGGCGAUAAUGUGCUCGUCAAGGUUGUCAACCAUGUCAAGUACAAUGUGACCAUCCAUUGGCAUGGAGUGAGGCAGCUUCGGACGGGUUGGGCCGACGGGCCGGCCUACAUCACCCAGUGCCCGAUCCAGCCAGGCAACAACUAUGUAUACAACUUCACCAUCACCGGUCAGAGGGGCACCCUUUUCUGGCAUGCUCACAUCCUAUGGCUCAGGGUCACCGUUCACGGUGCCAUCGUCAUCUUGCCCAAACUCCAUGUUCCCUAUCCCUUCCCCACUCCACAUAAGGAGGAGGUCAUCAUCUUGGGAGAAUGGUGGAAAUCGGACACGGAGGCCGUCAUCAACGAGGCUCUGAAAUCUGGUCUCGCACCCAAUGUUUCUGAUGCUCACGUAAUCAACGGCCAUCCAGGCCCUAUGUCCACUUGUCCUGCUUCCAAAGGGUUCCAACUAAAAGUGGACAGCGGCAAGACAUACAUGCUACGAAUCAUCAAUGCUGCUCUCAAUGAGGAACUCUUCUUCAAGGUGGCCGGCCACCAGCUGACCGUCGUCGAGGUCGAUGCCACCUACACCAAGCCCUUCAAGACCGACACCAUACUCAUCACCCCGGGCCAGACCACCAACGUCCUUCUCACCGCCGAUCGAGGGGCCGGCAGGUACCUGGUCACCGCCUCCCCUUUCAUGGACUCCCCCAUCGCGGUGGACAACCAGACCGCCAUGGCCACCGUGCACUACACCAACACCGUGUCCACCACCGUCCUCACCACCACCAAACCACCACCUCAGAAUGCGACCCCUGUGGCCUCCAACUUCAUCGAUUCCCUCCGUAGCCUAAACUCCAAGAAGUAUCCCGCCAGGGUGCCAUUGACGGUGGACCACUCCCUCCUAUUCACCGUGGGUCUCGGCGUCAACCCGUGCCCGACGUGCGUCAAUGGGAGCCGAGUCGUGGCAGACGUGAACAACGUGACCUUCUCCAUGCCGACCACCGCCAUCCUCCAAGCUCAUUACUUCAACAUAAGUGGAGUGUUCACUGCCGACUUCCCGGGAAAGCCACCGAUAGCUUUCAACUACAGCGGCAGCGGCCCCAGUAACCUGGGUACCAUGACCGGGACUCGGGUCUAUCGCCUUCCUUUCAAUUCUACGGUGCAACUGGUUCUCCAGGACACAGGAAUUAUAGCACCGGAGAACCACCCCAUCCAUCUGCACGGCUUCAAUUUCUUCGCCGUCGGAAGGGGUCUCGGGAAUUAUAAUCCAAAGACGUCUCCCUCCAAGUUCAAUCUCGUCGAUCCCGUUGAAAGGAACACUAUCGGAGUUCCCUCUGGGGGAUGGACUGCCAUAAGAUUUAGGGCGGAUAACCCAGGUGUUUGGUUCAUGCAUUGUCAUUUGGAGGUGCACACGACGUGGGGGCUAAAGAUGGCGUUUGUGGUGGACAACGGGAAAGGGCCGAAUGAGUCCCUGCUACCACCCCCAAAAGAUCUUCCACCUUGUUAGGGAGGGCCCAAGCCCGCAUAAUAAAAAUGUGCUCUCUAAUUUUCUUCGGGAGAAGAGCCAAUGUCCGGAAGGGGAAGUUGUUAGCAUCGGAGAGAGAGAAGAAGGAUGCCCAAGGUGAACAAACCUAAGGCACCUUUUCUAUCUUGGAGUGUUUUUCCUUUUUCUUUUCCUUUUUUUUGUGGAUUGAUUGGAUUAUGUAUGAAUAUAAUUUGACCGUCAUUUGAAUGUAAUCAUCAAUGAUUUAAAGGAUAAUGUAAGACACUAUUGACACUCAUCAA